CUACUUUCUAUCUCUCCACCAUGACCCCCCAACAUCCGCCCUCCACCACCACCGUCUUCCUGGACCAGCCCCCCAGCUGCCUCCAAUUCCACCCGACCUCGCCGAACCACCUGGUUAUCGGCACGUACCUGCUCUCCGAGCACUCGGACGCCGAUGGCUCCAUCCAGCAGACCAAAACGGGCAGUCUGCAACUAUGGCAUCUCGACCCCGCCACUCACCAACUAUCCCUAAUUGAAAAACUGCCACUCCCCCACGCAGUCUUCGAUCUGCACUUCCACCCCCAGGAUCCCACUCUACUGGGUAUCGCAACCAGCGCCGGAUCGGUGUCUUUCUACCGCGUGGCCAUCACUGCCACUGAGACGAGCAGCCACAUCAUCACCCACCUAGCCACCCACCAAGCCCACCCAACCCCCAACAUCCCCGCCCUCUUCCUCGCCUGGACCCCCCCCGACUGGCCUCUCCCCAAAAACACUGACUUCGGCUUCGCCGUGACCUUCUCCGAUGGCUCGACCACCCUCUUCGCCAGCCACGGGCUCAGCCCCUUAUCCCAACCCCAACUCACCCCCCUAGGCACCUUCAACGCAACCCAGCCUAUCGAGGUCUGGUUCGUCGCCUUGGCUACCAUCCCCUCCACCUCCCCCUCCACUCCAUCCCCCUCAUCCCCCUCAUCCACCCCAUACCUCUUCACAGGCAACGACUUCGGAUCCGUGCACACGCGGUCCUUCGACCCCACCGCCCUGACCACCACCCCCGAUGAUCAGGAUGGCGAUGGAGAAGGCGACCUAACCCCCCUCCUCAGCCACGACGACCGAUCCCGCCACCACACAGCCGGCGUGACCGCCAUCCUGCCCCUCCCGAUCCCGCUGGAUCUGACAGGCGGCGCGCCGUGGCUGCUAACUGGCAGCUACGACGAGAGUCUGCGGGUGUAUUGUGGGGCUGGGGGUGGGGUGUGGCGGUUGCGGGUUUUGGAGAGUCGCUUGGAUGUGAACGAGUGGGUGGGGUUGGUGUUGGCGAGUUGUAUGCAUGGUGGGACGAGGGUGGUGCGGGUGAGGGUUUCGGUUGGAGGGGAGGGGGAGGGGUGUGAGAUGGAGGUGCUGGCGGAGUUUACGGAGCAUGAGAGUAUGAAUUAUGCGUCGGAUGUGUGGGGGGGUGUUGGGGCUGGAGAUGUGGCCGAGGCUACUGAGGGGGCAACGGGGCAGGCGAGGGAGAGGAAGAGGGUGGUGGUGUCGAGCAGUUUCUACGAUCGGAGGGUUUGCGUGUGGAUGGUUGAUGUGUGAUUCUGGACAGGUAUGUGGAGUUGAGUAUCGGGGGUCUUUAUUGAAGGUGUAAAAUAUAAUGGGAGGAAGAUAGUAGACGGAUAGAAUAGAUGGAUGGAUGGAUGGAUGGAUGGUUCGUGAAAGCGCUCGAUAGUGUCAUGAUGCAAAAAGCAACAACCGGUAUACCAAC